CGCGGCGCCCGGCAGCCAGCUCCGCGAUGGGAGCCGCCGCGGUGGCGGCGCACGGCCCCGCGCUCCUCCCUCGCCUCCUCCUCUUUCUCCUCCUCCUCAGGGCUCCAGUCAGGCCGAGCCGCUCCGCUCACGAAAGGCAAGCUGAGAUAUAACUUGCUGCUUUUUGUGGUCACAUGGUGACAACUUAUAGAAAGUCAGAUCUGCAACUUGAUGGGUGACAGUUCCUUUCAACCAAAAGAUAAUUUAAAAAUGGCAGAACUCUUCAUGGAGUGUGAAGAAGAGGAGCUAGAACCAUGGCAAAAGAAAGUGAAAGAAGUUGAAGAGGAUGAUGAUGAUGAGCCCAUCUUUGUUGCAGAGAUAGCAAGUUCAAAACCAGCAAUUUCAAAUAUUUUGAACAGAGUUAACCCCAGCUCCCAUUCACGAGGACUAAAGAACGGUGCACUUAAUCGAGGUUUUACUACUUCAUUCAAGCCUACAAGUCAACGCUUCCCUAAUCCAGCAUCAAAUCCUGUGGCUGCCUUGCCAGUCAAUUUUCAUCCUGAAUCUAGAUCUUCAGAUAACUCUGUUAUUGUUCAACCAUUUUCUAAACCUGGUUAUUUAACAAACUCUCCACGAGUUCUGUCUAAUAACUCUUCAGAGUUACUGUUUGACCUGACCCAGGAUACAGGAUUAUCACAUUACCAAGGGGGACCAGCACUUUCUAUUGCAGGUUUGAAUGAAAGUUCAUUUUCGUCAAAACGUCUUUCUGGUUCUGACAUAAGCAGUGUUAACCCAAAAAAGCCUAAAGCUAGUGACAGUAUUCCUGGAGCAGAUGCCUCUUCUGUAGUCCCAGAAAAGCCCCCAUCAGUGUCGUCUCUGCAGGUGGUGACAUCGCAAGGUGUAAAUUGCUCAUCAAAUCAAUCUAAAAAUGGAACAGCUUUUCCAAGAGCAUGUCCUAAAUGCAAUAUUCACUUCAAUCUUUUGGAUCCUCUGAAAAAUCACAUGACGUAUUGUUGUCCAGACAUGAUAAAUAACUUUUGGGGAUUUUCUAAAAUAGAAAUUCCAAAUACAGCAAACGAAGCCAAGACUAUUGAUUCAGAGAAAGGAAAAUUGAUUAUGUUAGUUAAUGACUUUUACUAUGGAAAACAUGAAGGAGAUGUUCAGGAAGAACAGAAGACUCACACAACUUUUAAGUGCUUCAGUUGUUUGAAAGUUCUCAAAAAUAACAUUAGGUUUAUGAACCACAUGAAACACCAUUUAGAACUUGAGAAGCAGAGCAGUGAGAGCUGGGAGAAGCACACCACUUGCCAGCACUGCUACCGCCAGUUCCCCACUCCCUUUCAGCUACAGUGCCACAUCGAGAGCACGCACACGCUCCUUGACUUUUCUACCAUUUGUAAAAUCUGUGAGCUGUCGUUUGAAACUGAACAGAUUCUUUUACAACAUAUGAAGGAUAAUCAUAAACCUGGUGAAAUGCCAUACAUCUGCCAGGUUUGCAAUUACAGAUCAUCAUUAUUUUCUGAUGUAGAAUCUCAUUUUAGAACAUCGCAUGAAAACACUAAGAAUUUGCUAUGUCCAUUCUGCCUCAAAGUUAUUAAAAUUGCCACACCCUAUAUGCAUCAUUACAUGAAGCAUCAGAAAAAGGGAAUACAUCGUUGUACCAAAUGCAGAUUACAGUUUUUGACGUGCAAGGAGAAAAUGGAUCACAAGACGCAACAUCACCGAACAUUUGUAAAACCCAAGCAGCUAGAAGGACUGCCCCCUGGAACAAAAGUUACUAUUAGAGCUUCAGUUGGACCUUUAACUUCAGGAUCUUCCACUACGCCUUUCAUCAGUGCAAGCACUUCCACCCUCCAGCUUUCACCUCCAAGGACUGAAAAUGUCACUUCCAAAAAUCCCACUAAAUUGAAUACAAGUACACCGAAUACAGCUGUGUCUGACUCCAGUAAACCUAACGAAAGCAAGCCUAAUGGAAGUAAAUCUAAGAACAAGUCCAAAGUCUGUACCACGCAGAAGAGACAGAGCACAGUGGCUAAUAGUAAUAGAAAAAGCCAAGUGAAUACAGCACUGAGGAACUUAAGGUUACGUCGAGGUGUUCACGAGUGUAUUGAGUGUUGUUCUGAAAUAAAAGAUUUUGCAAACCAUUUUCCUACAUAUGUCCACUGUAGUUUUUGCAGAUACAACACUAGCUGUAGCAAAGCCUAUGUAAAUCAUAUGAUGAGCUUUCAUAGUAACCGUCCAAGUAAAAGGUUUUGUAUAUUUAAGAAGCAUUCAGAAAAUCUCAGGGGCAUUUCUCUAGUGUGCCUUAAUUGUGAUUUCCUAACUGAUGUUUCUGGCUUAGAUAAUAUGGCUACACACUUAAGUCAACAUGAAACUCAUACUUGCCAAGUUCUAAUAGAGAAAGUUUCUGUUUGUAUCCCAGCUUCUGAACAUCUUUCUGAAUGCAGAAGCAGCCCAGAGAUUUCAAAACAUGUCCAGGGUGUAUCUGGACAGUGUCCCCUUCGAUGGACACAAGUGCUGCCUGUUCUCUCUUUCCCAGGAAUGAGAAUGAACUGACUGUGGGACCUGCUCUAGGUUCUGGCCUGCCAUCGGCUGAGGCUGAUGAGGCCAGAGGCAGCCUCAAAGCCCACCAAAUUGAGCAUGGUCCCAUUGGUGGCUUUGGCUCUUGAUCUUAAUCUUGUGGGCCACUUGUGAACAAGAAAAGCUGAUCAAAUUAAUGCUUUGAUACCCAAAUUAAAAUUGGGUCAUUUUGGCUGCUACCCUUAAAUGUUCCUCUAGCACAAAGGCAGGCAGUCCAGGACACUGAGACACCCUGGUUGCUGGAGGAUAAUGGCAGUAUCUAGUCCUCAGACAACAUUUCUCAGUGACAUGUUCUAAAAUUGCAGUUAUUUUUACUGUCACUGAAAAUCUAUUGUCCCAUAUUAACUAUAAUUUUAAUAUAAUUCUCAGAUUCUUUUUUUUUUUUAAUUAAUUCUGAUAGCUUGAUUUUCUGUUCUCUGAAUUUAUUGAUGUCUGUCUUUCUAUUCUCUUAAUACUUGAAUGUUUGUUUCAUUUUGUCCAGAACUUCAAAAGUUCAUGUAGGCUGCUUGUUUGUAGCUUUUUAAUUAAGGUGUUGCUUAGACCACUAUGUCCUCUUCCCUAGUUGAGGGUUAUUAAUCUAAGUAAUUGUGAGUUGUAAGGUGUAACAAACUGGUGAGGCUUCUUGAAGAUUCUAAAAACAAGUUUUAAAGUAACAUUUAAUUGAUAAGAAAUCACUGCUGAGUCAUUAACAUCAUAUCCCUUUGGAUAAAAGUAAGAUUAUUUAUACAGUGUAACCAGUAUCCAUGAGCUUUUUCCUACUUAACCUUGUAACUUUUUAUCUUAGUUACAUUGAGUUCAAAUCAAUUGUUUUGAUCUAUUAUUUUAAUAAAUCUUAUAUUAGUCUCAGAAAUUAUAUCCUAAUGAAUAAUUUCACAUAAAACUAAAUUUUAUCCUGCAAAUAGGAGCAUUAACUUCUGUAUGGAGUCUGGUUGAUUGACUUGUCUACCAAGAGUAUAUCUACUUAGUACAUUUGUGUUCCCCCCAGCCCGACUAAAAGGCCUCUGUUCUUGCAGCACUGAUUUCGUGGAUUUUGGAAACAAACGAAGUGCUUGAUGUGGUCUUAACAGUUAGAAUCAGCCGGCUCUGAAAUUACAGUUUAAGGCCUAUUUUUCUUGCAUUUUAAAAAUAUGUAUUUACCCACCCCAAUAGCAGAGCUUUAUAUGUGCUUUUAGAGCAGAGAUAAAGCCAUUUUCAGAUGACUACUUUUUGUUUUCUGUUUCCUUGCAAUUAACAAUAAAGAGGUGAAUUCCAUAUUAGUUUUAAGCUUCUGAACAAUUUUAUACUAUACAUGAAAGCAUUUCUAAAAUCCCUAACAACAGUUUGUUGUUUUGUGGUGGAUUUGAUACACUAGUCUUUAUUGCUUUAUAAUUUCUUUUAAAAAUUGACCAGGAAAAAAAAAUGGCUUGUUUUCAUUUAACAAUAAUUGUCUAUCAUUUUCAGACUAGAGAAUCUGUUCUUCCUUGGUCAUGGUUGAAUAUUUGCAUAUUCUUUCCUCUUUCACAGAACUGGUUUUUAUAAUGUGCACCAAGUUCACUUUAUCUGCCUUUUUUCUUUUUCUUCCCAUUUUCCCCAAUUUUAAAUGAGACAGUUUUGCUAUGUAGUUUAUUGGAACUCAUCGUACUGCCUCAGCCUUCCAAGUGCCAGGAUUACAGGCAUGGUCAUAAUACCCUGCUACAUUUUUCUCUCAAAGUUCUGACAAAUGUAACUUUAAAAAAAAUGCUUUAAAGCAACACAAAACUUUAUAGGCAGUUAAUAAAUUUGUUUAGUACUUAUCAGCUCUUUAAUUCUAACCUGACUUUACUGUUAAGUUUUAAAAAGUAGUUUAUAUACUGGUCAUAUAAAGCCAUCUCAUGCCUAUGUGCUUUGAGGUUACUACUGAAUAAAAUGUAGUUUGUACACUGAAUCCAUUGCCACUCUUAGAUUUGUAUAGUUUUGAAUUCUUAACGUUUCUGGAACAGCAUCCUGUCUCUUAUACUUCAUUUAUUCAUUCAUAAAAUAUUUAUUGAAUAUGUACUUUAUGCCUGGCUCUUUUCUGUGUGCUAGAAAUAGAGACUGGAAUUGCUGCUCUCAUGGAGUUUACACUUUAGUGGUAAAAACAGGCAAUUAAAAAGUAAAAUAAACAACAUGCUAAAAUGUGCUUAGUCUUAGUAUUAGAAAGAAAAGUGAAAUAGGGUAAAGGGGAUAAAGGAAAUAUAAAGUGGGGUUUGGAAGGGGGUGCCAUUUUAGUUUUGAUGAUCAGAAAAGACCCCACUGAGAGACAAUAUUUAAGUAAAGACACAAAGUGGGUGAGGAAGUAUAAGGUCUGGGCAUUAACUUGGUUAUGCCUACAUGUCUUUUUUUUUUUUUUUUUCAAGAGGAGUUGAAUUCAGAAUCUGACAUAACCCUCUUCCCAAAAAUAAUAACAGGAUGCUUGAUGUUGGGAAAUUAAAUGCUCAUUUUAAUCUUGGAUCACUUCAAUACUACAUGUAUUCUUAUAAAAAGUAUCCUCUUAUAUAUUUAUAAAAGGUGACUGGCUCCAUAUGUGAACUGUAUAACUAAUGUUCAUAAUUUAUACAUGAUCUGGGGGGAAAAUCGUCCUAGAGUCAAAUAAA